GACACUUGAAAUUAAUUUUUAAUAUUUGACAAUUGUGUUAGAUUUUGAGGUUACAUUAUAAAAAGUAUCAAUAGAACAUUAUUUAUGCUAAAGAAACCUCAUAUACAAAAUGCUUAGUGCCAUAAGAAAUAGCUUAAAAGUGUCAAUAAACAAUAUAGUCCGCACAUUUCAAACCACUACGCCUGUAGCGACAGAAAAAUUUGAUCAUAAACGUAUUCCCGCUGACGAUGAAGGUGUUCAAGGAGAGAAAAUUAUAGAUCUGGAUUCAGUAUUAAAAGCAAAACAGGAAUUGUUCCCUACAGCUGAAUCAGAUAAUCUUUUAUUUGAUGGCACUCCAUAUAAAGAUCUCUCAGUAUGUAACAUCAGAGUCAGUCACAACAAUACAAUCUUUACUAUGACAGAUGCUGCUGGUGUAGUAAAACUAAUUAGGUCUUGUGGUAUGGAGGGAUUUAAAAAUACUAAAAAAGGAACAAACAUCGCAGCUCAAACUACUGCUAUAAAUUUAGCCACAAAAGCUGUAGAUCGUGGAAUAAGAACAAUAAGGGUGAGAGUAAGAGGAUUAGGCCCUGGUCGUUUGUCAGCGAUCAAAGGUUUACAAAUGGGUGGUUUACAAAUAGUAUCUGUAACAGACAACACCCGUGUGUCAUGGAAUCCACCAAGACCAAGAAAAGCUAAAAGACUAUAAUUUAUUAAAAUAUGUAUAUGUAACUAGUGAUUUAGUAUAAAAUAAAGAUAUUACUCAAACAAA